GGUUUUGUGUACUGUACUGUAAUAUGUUUGCAAGAGAGUUACGUUGCACAAAUUGGUUACGUUAGGUCAUAGGUGAAAUUACAGCGAAAUUAGACCUUUAGUUGCUUGCAGGUGCUGAUAAAUACCACCGGGACUCGAAUCCGGAACCUCCUGCUUCAAUUGGUUAGGUUUCAUAACUUGGGAAACGAAAGGAACUCUUUGUGGAAGGAGGAAAUAUUUUAUAAUAAAAUUUUCGCGUAGGGGAUUGCUGUGUUGAUAUAUAUUUAAAUCAUUACAACGCAUGCGUUCAUUCUCCCAAAUUCUGUAGUAUGGUGGUGAAGUUGAUUUCAGCUUGUGGAGCGUAGGUAUCUCCAUCUGAAAUAAGUUACGUCAAUUAAUCAAGGACUUUCACCUCUGUCAUUAAUUAGAUAAAAAAGAUUACAAUGAUACGCAAAGUUUGACUUGAGAUCCAUAGUACAAUGAGGUGCACUUUUUGAUGGGAUGACCUGUCGUGAGCACCAAGCCACAACAGUGACAGCAUUAAUCAAGUGAAAGGUACUUGAGGAGAAUGGCUCUCAAAGGACUUCAUGUUGUUGAGCUGGCUGGUCUUGCUCCAGCGCCAUUCUGUGGUAUGAUUCUGGCUGAAUUUGGAGCUACAGUUGUCAGAAUAGAUAAGGUCAGUGAUGGGAAUGUAUUUGAUUGCAUAGCAAAUGGAAAGAAGUCAGUAGCAAUUGACGUAACUCAUCCUAAAGGAGCAGCAAUUUUCAGACACUUAUGCAAAACUGCAGAUGUUCUGAUAGAACCAUAUAGAAAAGGUGUGAUGGAAAAGUUGGGACUUGGACCAGAAAUACUGCUUGCUGACAACCCUUCUUUGAUAUAUGCCAGACUUACAGGAUAUGGUCAGAGUGGCACCUAUUGUGAAAAAGCAGGACAUGACCUAAAUUAUGUGGCAAUGAGUGGAUUAUUGCCAUUUCUCGGCAGGAAAAAUGAGAAACCAACACCACCACUCAAUUUACUUGCUGAUUUUGGAGGUGGUGGCCUGAUGUGUGCUUUGGGCAUUUUAAUGGCAUUGUUGGAAAGAUCUAAAUCUGGAAAGGGACAAAUUAUUGAUGCAAGUAUGGUAGAGGGUGCAGCAUACUUGGGUAGCUGGAUUUUCCGUUCCCAGCAUUUGCCUUUCUGGGGGAAUUCCCGAGGAGAAAAUCUGUUAGACACUGGUGCACAUUUUUAUGAAGUAUAUGAAACAAAAGAUGGAAAGUACAUGGCUGUUGGUGCUAUGGAAAGCAAGUUCUAUGAUGAACUAAUCAAAGGAUUAGGUUUGUCUAGUGAAGAAUGCCCACAGAUUGGUGAUUUCAAUGAAUCAAAACUGAUUUUUCAAGAAAAAUUCCUUCAGAAAACACAGAAAGAAUGGGUCAAAAUAUUUGAUAGCCUUGAUGCUUGUGUCACGCCAGUCUUAUCACUUGAAGAUGUUGCCACACAUCCACAUAAUGCAAGCAGAAAGGCAUUCAUUAGCCCUGCAGAUUCUCAAGUACCUGUUCCUUCACCUGCACCACGGCUUCUCAGAACACCAGCGAUUUCCUUGGCAUCACAGCCUCAACCAAAACAUGGACAGCACACUGUGGAAAUACUUCAGAGCCUCAAUUACAGUUCUGAUGAAAUUAUGUCUCUACAUAAAAAUGGAAUUGUUAAAUGUGACAUGGGAAGAUCUAGGAUGUAAUUUUUUUUUACCUUUUUUUUUUAAGCAUAGUUAUGUUCUCAGGUGUACAUUAUGGAAGUAUUUUUAUGCAAUCUAUAUGAAAAAUAAAGAAUAAAGUGAGUAGUGCCUGUGUCUUAACACAACUGUCUUAUGAAAAUGCUAGCCUAAAAGAAGUUAUUCACAGAUUUUUAAUAUAUUUUUGGACUUCUGCAGCAUUAAAAACCUUAGCAUACAAAUGAGUAGUAAUUGCAACAUUACAUUUUGGAAACAUCAAAAAAGAGCCACAAAUAUACAUAUUUAUUUAUCAAUUCAGCCUCACAGUGGAGGAUCAUAUCACCAACAAAAUAUUAAGACACUUUUAUAAUUUACAAAUUUGAUAAGACCAUGAAAGCAGAUGCUCAAUGAAUUGUUUCUACUCUCAUACUGUAGGUAAUUAAUUUAAAAACUCAGUUUUAUAUUUUGUAUUAAACUCAACACUGGAUAGGAGCACUUGUAAGUAAUUAAAUGAAGUUUUGUUUGGAGCAGCAAACACUUUCUUGAAAAAUUUAUAUCAGUUCAAGGUGCCCAUCACUGUUGACCACCUGGCCAGGGCAAGCAUUUAUGCACCCGCUCAGCUGGUAACUUUAUUCCAUUGGAACCAUGCAUUCAUUCAGUGCUGUCUCUGUGCCAGUCACCAGUAUAAUGUGCAGCCAAUUAGCUACAGCUUCAUUUAGCAGCACCAUCAACAAAUGAAGAUCUACGAGCCAUCAGGAGGCCGAGAUGGUUCCGGUUUCAAAUUCGAUGUGCCAUCCAUCAUGUGCCAUUGCCUGGCAUUCCAGCCCAUCUCUGAGAGUACUGGCUUCAAUUGCGUAUUACACCCAGCCUCAUGGGCUGUGCUCACUGUACACCAACUCUGUUGUCUAACUACACUUGUUGUUGGGCAGACUAGCAAGGGCACUGUAGCCACCAAUGCUGUUCUGCUGCCAUAAUAUUCUGCUAUCACAAUUUACUAACUCACUGCCCACUAUCCAUGGCUGCUUCUUGAGCCACAGUCAUCAACCUCCAGUACGGAAGCUUAUUAAUAAACAAUGUUGUUAUUGAGUAAGCAUAGUUGAUGACUCUGCACUUGUCUCUCAGUACACUGGAGAUCCCAUCCCACAGCUGCCUCCCUCCUCCUUCUCCUCCCCCCCCCCCCCCCCCCCCCCACACACACACACAAACACUUGCAACUUUGCAGACAGAAAUGGCCAUGCUGCAACACUGGUGUCGGUAGCAGUCAUGGCACAAGCACGAUACCAUUACACUUGAAAAAUGCUGCAUUGUUAUAACAUUACAAAUAACUUUUCCACAACCAAAAUUCUUGUUCAACAUUUGUGACUUACUUGUAACUUCUUCACUUCUCCAUUACAAAUCUUUUUGGUAACAAAUGUUGUGUCAUAAUUGUGUCAAACCGACCAAAAUAUCUACUGCAUAUUGCCAAAACUGCCCCUGUGUUCACAGCCAUGAUCACUUACAUAACAUUUCAACACUGUAAACAAUCUUAUGUCUUAUUAGAAAUGGUAUUUCAAGGAAUCUGCAAUUAAAAAACUUAUACAAAAUAAUUUAGCCACCAGAUGCACAGUAAAAAACAUAAAAAAUUGUUUCAUAGUUGGUUUGUAAAAUAGUAUCUUUCAGUACUAAACAUUACAUGAUUAGUAUUUUUAACAGUAAAUAUUACAGUUUGCAAAUCUGAA